GCCAAUAGUGGGAGGUGGCCGGGUCAGGCCGGUGGCCCUGCGGUCCGCCGGGUGGUCAGCGAGCCCGUUGGCGCUGAGGGAGCGGCCGCCCUCCAGCCCCACCGCGCUGAGCUCUCAGCCCCUCCGGCCCCGCCCACCGGCGCGCCGCGUCAUGCCAGGCGCUGCUGGGUGCUAGUGCCUGGGCCACCACCCUCCCGCCCGCCCGAAGCCGCGCCCACUGCCCAGAGCCAGAGGGAUGGUGGUAGUCACGGGGCGGGAGCCAGACAACCGUCGUCCGGACGGUGCCAUGUCCAGCUCCGACGCCGAAGACGACUUUCUGGAGCCGGCCACCCCUACGGCCACGCAGGCUGGGCACGCACUGCCCCUGCUCCCGCAGGAGUUCCCCGAGGUCGUCCCCCUCAACAUUGGAGGGGCGCACUUCACCACACGCCUGUCCACCCUGCGGCGCUACGAGGAUACCAUGCUGGCGGCGAUGUUCAGCGGGCGGCACUACAUCCCCACCGACGCCGAGGGCCGCUACUUCAUCGACCGGGACGGCGCAUACUUCGGAGAUGUGCUGAAUUUCCUGCGCUCGGGGGACCUGCCGCCCCGGGAGCGCGUGCGGGCCGUGUACAAGGAGGCCCAGUACUAUGCCAUCGGGCCCCUCCUGGAGCAGCUGGAGAACAUGCAGCCGCUGAAGGGGGAGAAGGUGCGCCAGGCGUUUCUGGGGCUCAUGCCCUAUUACAAAGACCAUUUGGAGCGGAUCGUGGAGAUUGCCCGGCUGCGCGCCGUCCAGCGCAAGGCCCGCUUUGCCAAGCUCAAGGUCUGUGUCUUCAAGGAGGAGAUGCCCAUCACCCCCUACGAGUGUCCGCUCCUCAACUCCCUGCGCUUCGAGCGGAGCGAGAGCGACGGGCAGCUCUUCGAGCACCACUGCGAAGUGGAUGUGUCCUUCGGGCCCUGGGAGGCGGUGGCUGACGUUUAUGACCUGCUGCACUGCCUGGUCACGGACCUUUCGGCCCAGGGCCUCACCGUGGACCACCAGUGCAUCGGGGUGUGCGACAAGCACCUCAUCAACCACUACUACUGCAAGCGCCCCAUCUAUGAGUUCAAGAUCACGUGGUGGUGAGUAGCCCCGGGAGGGAACAGAGUCCCGUCAGGGAGGGUGUCCGUUCCCCUUGGGGGCUCUGGGAGCGAGGCCCCUGGAAGGGCGGCUGGCUCCCCAGAACCUGCUGAGCUGCGGACCAGGCCCUGAGCUCUGAGCACAAGCACAUGGAGCUGCGGCCCCAGUCCCCCCGGCUGUACCUCGGGGCCAGGCUCAGGGCUGGUGGCCCGUGGGGACCCGGGGCCUGCACUCACCUGGCCUCUCCUCGAGGCACGGCAGUCUCUGCCUGAGGCCGAUGGGGUCCGGCCUGCUGGGGCUGGACCGAGAAGCCCGGAGAGGUUUUGUCACUUUCUUGACCUUGCAGGAGAGUUUCUGCCCUGUUUAGAGCCACGUUCCCGGACUGACGUAGACAUCAUCCCUCGCCCUCCGCACCCCCUCCCCGGUCCAGGUGUCCCCCUUGUGCUCGGUAUAGGCGUGUGAACUAGAAAUGAUGGGGGACCGACGCAAGGAGCCCCCGCAGCCCCUGGCCGAGGAAGGAGCGCCUUCUCUCCCUCUUCCCCCAGUGAGAACCCCACGCUUUGUCUCAGGAUGUGCGGAGACUCUUUUCCUCCCCAGACGUUGUCUUCACCACCGUUUGGAGAUGUAACCAUAGUUGCCAAAGCCACGCACCACGUUGGCCUUAGAAAAGCACAAUGUUUACAGCCCUGCCUCGGGGCCUGGGCUUCUCCUACCUUCCACCAACCUUCCUUGCGUGAAGGGUUAUCUUCUCAUGGGGCUGGAAUACACAUUUCAGGGGCUCUUUUCAAAGAUUUCCCCAAAGUCAAGCAGGCAGGAUGCCUGGAUCUUCUGUUACCUUUGGGAUGUAGCAUCCUUUCUCGAGGCUCAGAAUACCUUUGUGGCGGCCCUUCCAUGUGUUCGGAUCCAGUUUCUGGUGAACCUUCUUGGAUAGAAACCCCUGUUGUUUUUCCUGCUAGUCUCCUUCUAGGAGAUGAUCUAUUUGGGGAAAGGAGAGUCAGGGCUUGGAGUGCGGGGCGGAGGGGUUGCAGCUGUCCCAGGGGCUGGAGGGAGACAGCUGCAAACCACCAUUUCGUUUUGCCUCCCCACACUUCAGAGGCAAAGGGCCACUAGGUUCUGCUCCCGCUGCAUUUCCUUCUUGCGCUGUCUGCAGCCUGGUCAGCCGGUCAGGGCGCGGGCCUGCAUCCUCUCAAGGAAGUGCUGUGCGGCGCCAGUCAUCAGACCGGGACCCUCCUGUGUGGUGUUCAGGGCUUCUCCGCAUAAUCGUGAUGGAACUUGACUGCUCCUGGGUGUUGUUGUAGGGAGAUUUCUUUUUUAGAGGAGCCUCACUGCUCUCAGUCUUACAAGACCAGACAGGUGAGGAGGGCAAGGCGGAGCUGCAGAUGUGUGCCUCCUUCCGAGGAAGAGAAGGCCAAGCCCUGGGACCCUGGCUGAAUUCCUUCCCAGGGCAGUGACCUCUGGGCCCCAGGAUGGGAAGAUUCCAAGGCAUGGCCUUGGGCUCUUACAUUGUAUCUUGUAUGCGUGGAGCAGGUGCCAGGAUAAGGGGACCAUGCAGUCGGCGGUUCAGGUUCCGAGAUACCGUGUUCUCUCAUUGUUCUCAUCCACAAGUGGAUUGUCACUUUGCUGGAGCUGAUGUCCCCGCGUGGACCUUACCCCAGCGGCACAGCUCUUGCCUCCUUCUAACAGAAGAGUCUUUCAUUGAAGUUGCUCUGAUUGGUGUUACUGCCUUCCAAGUUCGUGUUUGCCCGACGCCAAGGCAGGCUGUGCAGCGGGGAGCCGGUGCCAGGAGAGAGCAGAUAAUUAAGCCCUGAGCUUUCGGGAAUCUGAUCCCCGCCCCUUCUCUUUCCCUCCUCAACCCAGAGCAUCCAGGCACUUGGUUAUUUAGAGUCCUUACGCAUAAGCCAGGGCAGGCCUGGGUCACUCAAAUGCAGGUUUCCUUAAAAUUGUGCCCCGAAGAUUUGCUUGGGGCUCCAGGGACGCUGGGUAAGGAUGCUAAUGGUCCUUGCACCUCUUGCUGGAGACACCCCUGUUUCUCUGUCCCCCGUGUGCUCACGGUGACGUGCUCUGUGCCAUGGCGGGGAGACAAGGCUCUUAAGCCAGUAGACCAAGCGGAGCAGGGACACUGGCAGUCAGUUAGAGCUCUUCCUAAAUGGAGGAAAAGGAAUUCGGUGGCCCGGUUUGGCCGUCCUCUGAUGAGAAGCCAAGGCCGGGCUGAAAGGUGCUCAUGAAUGAGGUGGUUUGUAGUGAUGGCCCCCAAACACAGAUCGUCUCAGAGGAAGUGCCCUCUCCCAGUUAUCCCUUUUCAGCUGUAAAUGGCCAGGCCCUGAGCAUGAGAAGCGUUGGGUCAAGAAGGAGGGCUCUGAAGAUGGAUGCUUCUUCUGGGUUGAAAGGAAGUCUGUUUUCUUUCUUUUUUUUCAGUAUUUUUGGGGCCACACCCACGGCAUAUGGAAGUUCCCAGGCUAGGAUUCGAAUCAGAGCUAUAGCUGCCAGCCUACACCACAGCCACAGCAAUGCAGAGUCCAAGCCACGCCUGCAACCUAUACUACAGCUCAUGCAACGCUAGAUCCUUAACCCACUGAGUGAGGCCAGGGAUCGAACCCGCAUCCUCAUGGAUACUAGUCGUCUUCGUUACCGCUGAGCCAUGAUGGGAACCCCGGAAGCUUGUUUUCAUUGGAUGCUUGGACGCAUUGUCAGUGAGUCACACCAGAGCGCCUGCCUCUGGAGCUUCCCUUAUGUUUGACUGCGGGUACCUUUUCUCCCAGGCGCUCUGCUCACUGGUUGGGAAGGUGAAAGUUUAGGCCAUAGGACCACAUGGUGCGAUGCUAGCCAAUAUUCAGUAAGCAUGAAAAACACAACGGCAGCAAAAAAGACGGAAACAAAACCAAAGUGAAACACAUCACACCAUCCCAGGUGGGGGAUUUCUUGGGGUAAUACUCUAAACUGAAGAAAUAGAGGAACUGUCACCAUCCUUAUUCUACCUGUGGUGAAUUCACCAGGCUGUCCAGUGCUUACCACGUGGAGAGCAGUCAAGCGUGCUCUGAAAGUUUCUGUUCUUUCUCCCCGGGGUCGGGGAUGUUCUGGCAGCUGUGGGAGCCCUGUGCCUCAGGCUGGUCAGGUGAUACAGUCUUCCUGUUCUGGGUCGCUCAUUGGAGGACUAGGAAAUUGAUAUCUGCAGGCCUCAAAGUGGGGUGAGCCUGAGUGUGUGAUCUUGGUCUGAGCUGGGUCCUGAAAUGGCUGAGACAACUAACGCCAGCAGCAAAACAAAAACGACUCACACAGUGCGUCUUGAUCCCAGCUGGAAUUUCAGAUGUCAUCCUUCCGCGUACCUCUGUCCAUAUUUGAUUCUGCUAUGAGUGAUGAAGCUUCCUUGGGUACCAUUUUGCUGGGGCUCUUUCACAAAGGUGGCGCCUGCCUUGUGACCCUUGAAAGAGGGAAGCUUUAUUUAUCAAAAGCCAGAGUGUUGGGAACCAGGGCGGGAAAGGCACUUUUUGGAAUUCUGGAAAAAACAUACACGUAUACACAUGUUCACGGGGGGUGGGGUGGGGAGGGGGCUGGCAGAGGGUUGGAGGAGGGGGGCCAGAGCCGGGUGGAGGAGCAGGCAGUUGCCUCUGGAGUGGGCGGUCACGGGGUCCAUGGUCUUCCUUCUGUACAGCGUGGGAUGUGUGUACACAGAUUAGUGCUGCCUGUGUUAGUUCACUUCCUGUCUGUGAGCUUUGGUGCAUGGAGCCUCGGUACCCUCACGUGGCAUUAAAAUCAAGAAUUAGAAGCUG